AUGGCCGACGCAUCCGCCCCCGACACCUCCGUGACGGCCCCGGCCCCAAUCGCCGACCUCCCCUCAGGCGACCCCAUCCCCUCCUCCGCGGCGCCCGCGAACGCACCCAAGCGCAAGCCCCUGCCCCUCGGCGCGCUCCUGGCCGCCCUCCCCUCCAACGCCGACUCCUUCCUAACCCGCCUCGAGAAAUGCCUGUCCACGCCGGCGGGCAUCGACACCGUCAUGCUGUUCCUCUGCUACACCUCCAAGUUCGGCUCAGCCGCGCUGGCUGCGCUGUCGCGGUCGGCCCUGCAGCGGUCGGCGCGGGAGUGGAUUGCCCUGGUGAGCACCCUGCCGCGGGGCACCACGGUGUUGUUUGCGUCGGCGGCGGCGUCUCCCAAGGCGGCGGCUGCGGGCGUAGGUGCGGGUGCGGCGGGCACGGCGGCCCGCGCGCUGGCGCUGUCGAAGAAAUUGGGGGCGUUGUCGGGGCUGUUGAGUGAGGCGCGGAUGAUCUUGCGGUUGUGGGCGCUGUUGGGGAUGUACUUUUGGGCGCGGAAGUUGGUGCGGCAGACGUUUUCCUCCAAACCGGCCAACGCGAAUGAGAAGGCAACGACAAACGGGUCGGUCGGGCCUACUAAGCUCGAGACGGCCGUCGAGUACCUCCGCCUCGCUCUGUGCAUCACCUUCCAGUCCCUCGAGAACGGCGCCUACCUCUCCGGCCGCGGCAUCCUUUCGUGGACGCCGGCACAGCAGGGCCAAGCGUACAAGUGGAGCGCCCGCUUCUGGGCUGCCUAUGUCGGCAUCGAGAUCGGCCGGCUCUUCGCCGAGCGGUUCGACAGCAGCAGCCACAGCGGCUUUGCGACAAAGUCGGCGGCGGAAAAGACUGAGUGGACGAAGAAGACGGCACGCCAGCUUGCGUGGGCGCCGCUGACGGUGCAUUGGGGCAGCGAGAAGGGGCUUGUGAGUGAUAUGACGGUUGGGUUGUUGGCGAGUAUUCCUGGUGUGAUUCAAAUGCGGGAUCUCUGGGCCUCUACAGCCUAA